ACAGGUCUGGUCGCUGGAGAAGAACCUGUGCUGUAAACUGCCAGUUGAACUUUUCUUGCUGUUUUGAUGAAGACGUUUUUCACUAAUUGAUCACUAUGAAUCCCGUCACUGUUGAAAGACAUCCAUAUCAGAACCUGUUGGUGAAAGUUAUUGGGGCAAAAAACAUCCGGUCAAGAGAUAUUGGGUCGGAGUCAGAUUGCUAUGUGCAGGCUCACAUCCCCACAGCCUCCAGCCAACCCCAGUGCACAGUCACCGUGAACAACAGCAGCAACCCCGUCUGGAACCACACCUUCAAAUACCACAUCUACACGGGGAUCAAGAAUGUGCUGGAGCUCAGUUUGUAUGACAAGGACUACAUUGUUGAUGACUUCUGUGCCUCUGUUUUGUUUGACGUGGGGACCCUGAGUCCAGGACAGCCUGUGAGGCGCACCUUCACCCUGAACAGAGAGAACAAUGAGGAGCUGGAGGUAGAGUUUGAGCUGCAUGAGUGUACGGAUACCCCGGGUGAGAUUCUUACCAAUGGAGUCCUGGCGAAGGAAACUACCUUGAAAAGCAGUGAGCUAAUGGACGUGAGGCUGAGGACCUGCCUGUGCCAAGAGGAGACCCGUUUCCUGGAGCUGCGGCGGCCGCUGGUGGCUCGGGCUCUAAAGAAAGCACUGGGGCUGAAGGCAGACCUGGAUCCCAAACAGGUUCCAGUGGUGGCAGUACUGGGAUCUGGAGGCGGGACCAGAGCGAUGACAUCACUCUAUGGAAGCCUAUUAGGACUGCAGGAUCUGGGGAUGCUGGACUGUGUGACCUACUUGUCUGGAGUGUCUGGAUCUACCUGGUGCAUGUCGGCGCUGUAUGAGAAUGCUGAUUGGAGCUGUGAGUCCCUAUCAGGCCCGAUCGCCAAGGCGCUUAUCAGCACUUCGGGUGAGAAGAUGUCUGCGUACUCCUUGAGUCGGCUUAGCUACUACACAGAGGAGCUGCGCAGGAUGCAGGCAGAGGAACAGAACGUCUCCCUCACAGAUUUUUGGGGCCUUGUUGUUGAGUUCUUCCUGUACAGACAGGAGAAACCAGCCCGACUGAGUGACCAGAAGAAGGCCGUAGCGUGUGGACAGAACCCUUUGCCAAUCUACGCUGGGAUCAAUGUGAAGACAGACCUCAAUGCCAAAGAAUUUGCAGAAUGGUGUGAGUUCACUCCCUACGAGGCGGGUUUCUCCAAGUACGGAGCCUUUGUCCGCACUGAGGAUUUUAGAAGCCAGUUCAACAAGGGCCACCUGAUCAAGAGGAUGGCAGAACCUCGCAUCAGCUACCUGCUGGGAAUGUGGGGCAGUGCGUUUGCUGCCAGCCUGGAUGAGAUCUGGAAGGAGGUGACUGGGAAGAAGCCGGAGUGGCUCAACAACAAGGAAGAUGGUGUUGAACUGGCAGAUGACAUCAAGAAGAGCUCAAAGACCCCAAGCUCCGAUGGCCUGCUCACUCAAGUGGUCACUCCAUCCAGCCCCAUAUCUUAUCUCUUCGACAAGCUCUUAAACUCCCGCUUCAGCUCCUGCCAGAGCCACAACUUCCUGCAUGGCCUCAACCUGCACAGCAAGUACCACACCAGCCAUGAGUUCAUGACGGACACAGAUUCUCACCCAGACACCUUCCCCAGCAAGCUGACCCCCUCCGAGCCCGUUCUGAACUUGGUGGACAGCGGCCUCUCCAUCAAUUCUGCCUUCCCACUCGUCCUGCACGCCGCCAGGGAGGUGGACCUUAUCCUGUCUUUCGACUACUCCUGGGGAGGACACUUUGACGUGCUGAAGCUGACGCAGCAGUACUGUAGUGAGCGCAGCAUUCCCUUCCCUCCGAUCACCCUGAGUGAGGAGGACCUGAAGAACCCCAAGGAGUGUUACAUCUUCACAGACACGGAGAACCCCAAGAUCCCCAUAGUGCUGCACUUCCCUCUCAUCAACCAGUCCUUCAGGAAGUUCAAGGCCCCAGGUGUCCCAAGGGUGACCCCGGAAGAGAAGGACUGGGGUGAUUUUGUGGUGGAGUGCUCGGACUCUCCCUAUUGCACCAGCAAUUUCACCUACUCUAAGCAGCAGUACAGCAGACUGGUGGAGCUGAACCAGUACAACGUGCUAAAUAACAAGGACACCCUACUGCAGGCACUGCAACUGGCCUUGGAUAAGAGAGCCAAGAAACCGUGAGGCCGAGAAAGAGGCAAGACCCUCCCUCCAACACACCUUCACUGCUGAGAGGAGCGGGAAAUCGGCUUGACACACGUUGAAACUGUACUUUAUUGUUUAUUAAAAAAACAUUUUGAUGUCCACUUAUGUCACCAAAUCUGUACAUUUUAAAGAAAUACAAUAUAUUUAUGAAUGCUGAACACAGUCACGUUUUGUAUCACGUUUUGUAUCAUAGUGGCAAAGCUGUGGCCCUAUUCUAACAGACACUCGUAUAGAAGACACUGUACAUUGUUUAUUAUCCAAGAAGGGCGUCUUCAAAUUAACGAGCUGUAGACAAACGUCAAAUGAAUAUUUUGUGUAUAGAAAAUAUUUUCAACUGGCAAAUUUAAAUAAAUACGAAGUGUUUUCCAGAAAUUACAUUUUUCAAGCCAUCCUGUGCCAAAAGAACGCCCUAUUGUCCCAGCUGGCCAUUGAAGAUCUCAUAUUGAAAGCCUAGAGGUGGCAGCCCUUUCCUCAACUAGGCUGAAGGAUCAGAGGGAAUGUGCAUCUUACAUUAAUAAAGCAAAAUAUUAUGAAAUGCUAUUGUAGAAUUCAGCAGCAAGGAAAGGCUACAUACAUCAAGGUAUCCCUUUGCCAAUAUAUGUUUAAUAUGGUAUACUUGCAGUGCUUGCCUUUUGAAUACUAUUAGUAGUCGUAGUUGUAGUUUAGUGUUUGUAGAAUUACAAUGAACUAUCUCCAGGCAGAUUCUGUUUGACUGUCAAAUAAGGACAUCUACUGAAAGAGGUAGAUUUACAGCCUUGUAGUAUUUCCAAAGCUUCACACACUGUCAUGUAACCAGUAAUGUAACCAGUAAAUCCUAAAUCCACUUUUCUUGUGUUGCCCUUAUUAACUGCGUUCAAGUAUCUGAUACUUGCAAAUGUGUGUUUGUUAGAAAACAAAA